AUAAUACGUUCCUGUACUGAAGAGGAGGGGCUCCGCCCUUUUCCAGCUUUUAGGAAGUUGAACCCCCUUGUCGAUGCAGUCCAUUCCACCCAGGCUACCCUUUUACGUGGCUAGAAAAAGGUAACAUACAACCCGAUACAAUAACCGCUUGCUUUGCGAGUGUCAUUUCCCAUCCUAGCCCCCAAGCGUGGAGUCCGAGGCGACAGCGCGUCAAGCCGCGGAAACGUUUUUGCACACAGCACUUUGCAGGGCGGUUCACUGAACUCCUCUAUCUUCAUCUUGUCCCCUUUCUAAAUGUCAGAAAGGCAGCAGCAGCGGCCCCGGGAGCAGCAGCCCGCUGUUCCGGAGCUUCCUCCGAACACUUCGCCGCAGCAGCCAGGUCUGUCACGCGUCUGGCCUCAGCUGCUACCAGAGCUUGCGGAGCGCAUCAUCAGCUUCCUGCCGCCCAACGAGGUCGCCUGCACCGUGCGACUGAUUAACAAGGCCGCGGCAGCGCAGUUCCGCGGCCCUGGCUACACCACCGUAAAGCUUUCUUCCCCCGUGCCGCCCCACGCAUUCAAAGAGCAAUGGGAGCGACCCGGUGCCAUGCGCAGGCUGACGCUCCAGCGGCGGCAGGCGCUGCAGAUGCUUACAGCUCACAGCGGCAGUCUGCAAAACCUCCAGGUGGCAGUUGCUGUCACGGGAAUUCUUUUGACUCAGGCGUACGACGGGCGCUUUACCUCCGUUGCCCAGGCAGCGGCCGAAGCAGGCCAGCUGGAGAUGUGCCAGUGGCUGGUACAGCAGGGCUACCCCUUGCAUGAGGUUAUGAAGGCGGCAGCUGGCGCCGGGCAGUGGGCCAUAUGCGAGUGGUGCCUGGCUGCCGGCUGCUCCUGGAGUGCUGGUGCUGUGUACGCUGCAGCUCGCGGGGGCCAUGUGGGCCUGAUGGAGUGGCUGCUGCAGCUGCGCCCGGCAGAAGGUGCACGUGUUCAGGCCGCAGAGCUGCUAAGAGCAGCCGCUUUCGGCUGCGAGCUGCACACCCUGCAGCGCCUGUACCGUGACUGGGCGGGCGAGCAGCAGCAGGUGAGCGACCAUGUAAAAAAAAUUAUAGUGGCAGCUGCGGCCAGGAGCUCCACACCUGACUGGCAGGCAAAGCUGGUGUGGCUGGAGACACAGGGCUUUCCUGGCUCUAACGCUUGCUCGGGCGCCGCCUCCUGCCCAGACGCUCUGGAUCGAUUGCGGUGGCUGCGAGGGCGGGGCUAUCCUCUUGACGAAGAUGUUGCUGGUGUGGCAGCAGAACGGGGCAACGUGGAGGUGCUGCAGUACCUGCUGCUGUCUGAGGGUAUCGGGCCCAGUUUGGACUGCGGUAGUGGGGCUGCUGCGUGUGGCAGCCUGGGAGCGCUCGCCCUGCUGCAUGCCCAUGGCUGCCCAAUGGAUGUUGGGACAGUCCGGGCUGCAGCAAGGGAGGGGCACCUGCAUGUGGUGGUCUGGCUGGUGGAGACGCUGGGCGCAGCACUGCAGCUGGGCACAGAGGUGUUCAGUGAUGCUGCCUAUUCAGGCAACCUGGAGCUACUGAGGUGGCUGCGUGAGAGGGGCUGCCCCUGGGAUGCCGAUGCCAUUGCAGAGGCUGCGAGGUCAGGGUGUGACGAGGCACUGGAGUGGCUAGUGGAACAGGUCUGCCCCUGGCCGGACGAUGGUCUCCCAUACGUGGAAGCUGCACGCAACAACGACCUGGCUACCCUGGCCUGCCUGAAGCGACUGGGUUGCCCCUGGGGCCCGCCUGGACGCCUCCUCAAGUACUGCCUCCAAUACAGCUGCAUUAAUGCGGUGCUGAGCUGGCUGCUGGCGGCAGGUUAUCCUAUGACGGUGGAGGUGGUGCUGGAGGGCAUGCAGUGGAUAACUCGAAUGUUUGGUGCAGAUGCCCACCAUGUGAGGCGGCUGUGGGGGUGGAUGCAGGAGAACCUGGGCCUGCAGCCGCCCCACCAUGGCCCCUGAUGAUGAUGUAGCUGGGGAGGCAAGCAAGGGGCGCUGGCAAGUGCUGAGCGCUGUGAGGGUACGGUGAACCCAUGCUGCCGUACUGCUGCCAGUCGUACAUGUAUGCAAGCGGGGGUUGCAGGUGUAGAUAGGGCGCGCGCAGGAGGGCUAUUGCAUUGGGACUUGGAAAGGGUUCGCCUUGACAAGGGCAAGGUGUGCAAUGCCCUGCUGUAGGCUUUGGAGGCUAAAAACUUGGCCCCGGUUGGUAUAGCUGUGUACAUGAGCGGUGUGCACGUCUAUACGCUGCUUUGACGUUGCGUCCGAUUUCCUCUAUCCAUUAUAGAAUGGAGGACAUACAGUGCCUUUGCAGGCACGCAUGAGUGUGCAGUGUUCACUGCUGUGUGCAAUUGCUGGCCUAUGAGGUGUGGCUGUGUGCUGAAGUGAAGGCUACACAUAUACUACAUAGACUACACAUGCUAGCCGUGGAUUCGGUGCGGGCUAGGGCUGGGCUGGGCGCUAGCUAGGGUUUGUUCCCUUGGGUCGGGCCCUGAGAAGCAGAAACAAUAGCUGUUGCACCAGCAACUACACUGCUAGCAGCGGCAGCAGGAGGUUCCGCACAGCAUCUCACCUCCGUCCCAGCGGGGCCCUGUCCUGUGUUGUUGUGCACUGUGCUUUGCUUGCAGUACAUGCGAGCAGGUAGGACAGCGGAUGUGCCCUUGCAUUGCCCGCUGAUAACGUUGCCAUUGUUGUUGUUGGUUGGUUGGUGGUGUUACCGGUAUUAGGUUGAUCUAGCUUCUGCGGCUCAGGACUGACUGCAUCUGCAGACUGAUAGUCUGCAUGCAUGACUACUUGGCAAAGUAAACCUUUUCACACCAUUUACCAUAAGGGAGAC